AUGCCCGACAACGUGCCCCACGCGAGCAAUGAUGGGAGCUCCUGGCCGACCACACUUCCUCUUUCUUCGCGGGAAGAGCAAGGACUCAUACUGGAAGCCCGUGCUUUGCGAGAAGAAAAGCUCGAAGCUCUUGCAGGUAUUGUCAACAGCAUGCCUGUCGAAUUGGCUGACAGAGAUAUUAUCCAUAUGUACUAUCGGGUCGAAGUUGGCUCUUAUCUUUUACCGGCUUCGAGCCUCAUCGCCAACGAAAAUCCCUCCAGGGCCGAGGUUAUGAUCAAGCUCGCCAGGGAAUCUGCAAAUGAAUCCAAAAAUCCGCUCCUCGUUGCUAAGUGUGAGUUCUGGAUGGGUCGAGUUGAGUUUCUGCGCGGAAACAUGCGCAAAGCUCAUGAGCACUUUGUGAAAGCGAACCCUUGCGCCAUGGAUCCGAAGGAGGGUGUUGAAUGUCAGGACCUGAGCUUUUAUUUGGAUGUCACCAGGCAUGGAAUUAGCGAGCAUACUCGGGCUGCGAGACUAUAUGCUCAUGAGGAGGCUAUCGCGGCGCACGCGAAAUUUGACAAGACUGCAAACAACUCUGUCUCGACCGAAGACAAACGCAAGCGACCAUUGAAGACUUGGAAGGGGGCUCUCGUCAAACUACAACUACCUUUGGUCAAGCAACGCCCACUUGGUAAAAUCAGAAAGCCCCAGUGUAGGGUGCCGACUCUACGAAAGGUGGACGAGAAGCAUUUGCAGCAAGGGAUAGAUACCGAGACAAGCUCUAAAAAUGAGGUUCUUGGAAAGGUCCUUGCAGAAGAGCUUGGGUACGAGACUUGGAGCGAUUCUGGAGAUAACACUGAUACCGACACUGAGGACGAAUCUGAUGACGACCCCAGCGGAGGCCCUGCAGACGGUACAAAUGACACCACAGAUGAGAACACAGAUGAGAACACAGCAAACUCUCCAGGUGUCCCUGAUAAAGCUCAACAACCAGAGCCCUCCACUGACACAGCCACGGCUCCGGCCAACUUUCCGACUGAUCAAUCCGCGUACGAAAUGCCCAAGCCAGGAUCGGCCCGAGCCCGGUUCAGGCAGGAAUGUUUUCAGAUGGGCCUCACAUCAGUAGUCAACGCAGAGCCCUACGAGCGUCCGAAAGAACCAUUUAUGUUUGGAGUCCCCCACGAACGUACAAAGCAGACCGAGUUCCGGCUCGGAUUUUUCAAGGUUGGCCUGACAAAACGCUGCCGCCCAAUGACCAUUUUUCCGAAACAAGUUGGUGAAAUCACUAUUUCUCCGGAGGAAUGGAAAUCCAUCGAACAGGACGCUCGUCAGAAGAUUGUGACCUAUGAUUACUUGCGGAGAGAGAGAUAUGAAUUGGUCAAAGUUGCUGAGGAGAUCCAAAGCCGACGGUGUCUUCCAUCAAUUGGCCCAAGUGGCCGAGCAGUUUCCUGGUCUAGCGGUUAUGAUUUUCCGUUAACAAAUGCGAUUAGCAUAUGUUCCGGAAAGGUUCUGGGUUCGAUUCCCAGGGAAACUAUUUUU